AGUCCAACAGACAAAGGGAGAUAUUCCAUCUUUGCUUGGCCAUCCUGUUCAAGGUUUCGCACCUCUCUGUGGCAGACAUUGUCUCUUGUCUGUGAUGCCUGCUAUUAGGACUCAAGUGAAAACAGCAUUACCAGACCUUCAAACCUGGUUAUUCUAUUCGACCAAACUAUGUUUUUAUGUCAUUACCUUUAUAUUCUCAGUAGUCGUCGAUGCCCUAGUUAGUAACGCCGAAUUCAAUAUUUUUGAUAAAAGUUAUCCACAUAUAUCUGGUGACUUUUGUGCUUAUAAGGCUUCCACCGUUUCACCUGCUGGAGUGACAGCUAUCUGCAAGUACCUCAUAGCUGUUGGUGCAAUAGGUCUAGUGGUUUCUUUGGGAUUCAUUGCUUUCAGUUUAUGGACAUUGUUUGCCAAUCGUAUUCAAAAAUUGUGGGUGUUGGAGGCGCUUUUGAAUCUCUUUUGGAUGGUUUGGUGGUUUAUUGCGGCUGGUGUGGAAACUUCUGCCAGGCCUUCGACAGGAAUACUUGACUCUGCAAAUAACCGUUCAGCUAUCAAUGGUGUGGAAGCAGUGUCUUGGGUGAAUGCUGUUUUAUUUUUAUUCAACGCUAUGCUUUGUUUUGCUGUUUAUUGGUCGGCAGAAACAGGGUUUUGGAUUCCAACGGUUGAAGACUAUCAUCAUGCCGUCGCAUAUGAAGAAAUGAAUGAAAAAUUGGUAGAACAACGAAAACUUGAUCAGGAGCGUAGCGAUGAUUGGAUUAAUAAUAAGCCAGUAGAAAAAAUUUCCAUCAAUGAAUAGAAACGAAUCAUUAUAUACAUUCUAAAUAGAAUACGAUAAGUUGUUUGUGAGUGAUUGACAUUUGUGAUUGAAUGAAUGACAUUUUGCAUAUGUUCAACAAAUAUAUGGAGAUGAGUUUUAU